AGCCUCUUCCGGUGCCCAGUGCCACGUCCGUGAGGCGGCGGCGGCGGCCCAACCGGGGACCGAGGCCCGGGCCGGAACUGGGCGCGAUGGCGGACUGGGCUAGAGCUCAGAGCCCUGGGGCUGUGGAUGAAAUUCUGGACCAGGAGAACAAGCGGAUGGCAGACCACCUGGCCUCCAAGGUCACCCGGCUCAAGUCGCUGGCCCUGGACAUUGACAGGGAUGCAGAGGACCAGAACCACUACCUGGACAGCAUGGACUCAGAUUUCUCAAGUGUGACGGGCCUGCUCACUGGGAGUGUGAAACGCUUCUCUACAAUGGCACGGUCUGGACGUGACAACCGGAGACUUCUGUGCGGCGUGGCUUUGGGCCUGCUCGUGGCCUUCUUCAUUCUCUCCUACCUUCUGUCGAAGGCAAGGACGUGAGGAGUGGGUUCUGGGGCUUUCCCACAAGAUAUCCCUUUAUGGACGACUGUGAGUCAGCAGCCUUUUUUCUCUGAGGCACGUCAGCUGGUCUUUGUGUGGACGGGGCCCUCCCCUUGGGUGCUGGAGGCAGCCCCUUCUGUGAUCUGAGGAGCCCAGCAAAGGUUAGGGCUAGACACGGGUUUAUCAUUCUGCCCAUGGUGAGUCCCUGAAUGGACCAGUCUCUGUGCCUGCCCUGCACCCCUCCAGUCCUCUGUGAAGCCUACCCUUGACCCUUGGGACAGGCAGGGUGUAGCCUGAGAACAAAGGAGCCGGGACUUGUGCUCCCAGGAUUCGGCCCCUCCAGCCCUGAAGCUGGGCUUCUGGGUGACAAGAACAGGCUACAUUCCAGGGUCGGGCAGAGCAUGGGGCCCUUCCCCGUGGGGAGUCUCUUCUUUUGGGUUAUAGCCAGGCUAGUACAGGGACCACCACACAUCCCUCACCCCCCAGCAAGGCCUCCGUGCCUCCCACAGCGAGGCCUCGCCUGCUCCUGCUUCCCCUGGAGCUCUGUCUUGAGGCAUCACUGGACCCCUACCCUCACCCCCAGCCCCUGUGCAGACCACCCUCCCUGCCCCUCUCCUGGCCUCAGGGGCUACUCAGUCGGGCCAUGCUCGGCCACCACAUGGCUCCUGCCACAGAGCCAGACCCCAACUCACUCGUUUUCGUGUGGGACCCUGAGGAAGAGCCUCCAGCCCUGUGCUUUGCCUGCCCCUGUCCAGUUACUCUUGUUUCCCACUCACCCCCUUACUCCAAGAACAGCACCCCGAGGUUUAUCCUUCCAGAACAGCCUCGCCUCAGAAGUCCACAUUGGCCUUCAGCCCCAGCCUCGGCCCCCAGCACCCCACCCAGAAGGGCAGUCCCCUUCCUCCUCUUUACGCACCUGAACUCGGUCCUCUCUUCCAAGCCACACACUGCUCCUGCCGCGGAGUGGAUGGAUGCUCUUGGGCUAUCUUCCUGACACUCUGCUUGGCCUGGUCAGCUGCACUCCUGGGUUCCCUGCACAGACUCCCAGCCUCCUCCUCGCACCACAGGGCCGUGUCCACCGGCCCCAUACAGGUGCACAGGUGCACUAUACUGUAAAUUGCUCCGCACCAUCUGCCUAGUUAUUAAUAAACAUAAUAGUUACUAAUGGAGAGAGAGUACGUAUCUUAUGGGAAGACGGUUGCUCUGUGAAGGGACCCAGAGCUCUGCUGAGUUGUUUCAGUGAGGUAAGGAGGAAACAGCCGUUCUCUAGUGCCAGUAAACCUAGCCCACUUUGAACGGGGCAGUAAAUGAUGUCCGUUGCCUACAGGGAGUUUUCCAUUUUUAUUACCCCUGUUUAUUACCGCCUCCCCUACCUGUCGUAUGUACGUGCUGUUUAGCAUGUAGACAUGGCUGUCCAAUUAGUAUUUAAUCCCAGGAGAGAAGAAUUUAGGCAUUCUCCCAAGACGAGAACUGGGGUUUUGAUGUUUCCUGACACCACCUUGUACAGGAGCCCGACUUUGGGGAACCUAGGCUGAUGAUGAUGUAUGUUGUUUUGCUUAUCCCUGUCCUGUUUAUUCUGUGAGUAAUAAACGCCUUUUGACUUUGCCAUUAGAA